AAUAUGUGCUUUUUAAACAUCAACAUUUUUUAUGUUAGAUGACAGUAAGAUGACUUAUUUUAUUAUAAUUCCAGAAAAAGACAGCUGCUUCAACUAGUAAAAAUAAAGACAAACGUCACGCAAGGAAACUUGAGCAAAGACGUAUUGCUGAUGGAAUGAGCUAUGUAACGUUGGCUAAUAAACUUACAGACUUAGCUCCAUUGUGUAAAGAUCUACUAGUUUAUCAAAACAAAAACAUUGAAGUUAACAUGUAUAUACAAAAGAUCACAGACCUUGACAAAAAUAUAUUACAAUGGGCUAUUGAUUUAACAGAAAGGAAUAUGAAAAAAUUAUAUGAAACCUGCGCCUGGGGUUGGAAUAAAGAACGGAAAGUUGAAGAAAUGACUGAUGAUAAUGCAUUUUAUUUAAUUGCUAAAUCUAAAAGUGGUUCACUGUUAGCAUUUUCUCACUUUCGAUUUGAUAUGGACUUUGGAGAGCCUGUUCUAUAUUGUUACGAAGUGCAGGUCGAAGAGGAGGGCAGACGGCGUGGGCUCGGACAGCGGGUGCUCAACAUCUUGGAGACACUUGCGCACGGUACAUCCAUGCGCUACGUGCGCCUCACCGCACUAACUCAUAACCCUUCUGCUGCUGCAUUCUUCAGAGCUUGCGGGUACACUUUAGACGAAACAAGCCCUGCCAAGGAAGAAGCUGCUCACUACGAGAUCUUAAGCAAAGCUACAAGCGAAGCGGAUGACCAAACACAGCACUGUGACCUUAGCAAAAGCAUGGAAGCAGUACAUGUGACCCCACAAAUAUAGCAUUAAAGUGCCAAAUAGGAGCCUACUUU